CUUUAGGCCGCCAUGCUCCGCGCGUAAAACAUGUUUCAGGAUCAUAUCCUACACCUAUAGAACGGAAUUCCUGUCCUUUUCCAGUUGAAGGAGCCAUGCUUUCGGGGUAUACUCAUGGCCGAGUCUGAGUCUUCUUCUACGUCACCUCCCCAAGGCACUGUCUUCCAUUUCUUCCCCAAGCUACCAAUCGAGUUGCGGUUUGAAAUUUGGCGCCUACUCUUACCCCAUCGUGUCUGCGAGAAAGACCAGCCCUUUUAUGAGAUUGUAUUUAAACUCCUGGACGAAAAAACCCCAUCACCGUGCCUCCUCUAUCAGACGACCGAGGUAAACGGGCGGGCCGCCCGUCAUCAGUCGUAUAUCAUGAGUCACGCGCAGUCGCUUUGAAAACCGGGACCUUCUUCGAGUUCUCUCACAGCACCAAUCCCUUGCUUAAACCUAGAUCUCCAGAGGCUGAGUGGUACAAUUGGACUUCUAUCAGCGCGGCAUGGUUCGACCCUACGCGAGACUCAAUACGUCUCAAUUGGAACCCCUCUUACGA